ACGAUAACGCGCCUGUUGUGUGGAACUUGAACUUGAACUUGAACUUGAAUCACGCUCCCUCCCUCCCUCUCUCAACGGUUCUUCAAAUCUUUUGUUUAAAUCUUCAAACCAUUCCCUCCAAUUCUCCAAAUCCAACUCCAACUCCACAAAUCUCUUCCUUCGCCACUUCCAUCUCCCCCUUCACAUAAACCAACCUUACCUAUGGCCGCCAAUCUUCAUCUUCCACUACCGGACUCUUCUUCAAACGCUUACAGCCGGAAGCAGAAAUCUCUCGGCCUCCUCUGCUCCAAUUUUUUGAGACUGUAUGAUCGAGAUGACAUUCAGUUGAUCAGCCUCGACAAUGCCGCAUCUCGGCUAGGUGUUGAAAGACGACGGAUCUACGAUAUUGUUAACGUUUUAGAAAGUGUUGGUAUUCUGUGUAGAAAAGCGAAGAAUCAAUAUCGUUGGAUAGGAUAUUCUGGCAUUCCUAAAGCACUACGGAAACUUAAGGAAGAAGAUUCGAAGGGAAAUAGCUCCUCCGCUAUAGAUGCCAAUGACCGUUCAAGUUUGAUAGAUGAUGAAGAAGAAACAUGUUCAGAUCUUACAUCUGUGAGCCAUGAUUCAAUCUCUGUCAUAUCUAAAUCUUCAACGUCAGUGAGAUGUGUGGCAUCAGAGAAUCGGAGGGAAAAAUCUCUUGCACUAUUAACGCAGAAUUUUGUCAAGCUCUUUGUCUGCUCUAGCGCCCAUCUGAUUUCACUUGACGAAGCUGCAAAAUUACUGCUUGGUAAUGGUGAAAGUGUAUCAAUAAUGAGAAGCAAAGUCAGACGCCUUUACGAUAUCGCGAAUGUGUUGGCAGCACUUCAUCUUAUUGAAAAGACACAAACCGAUGGUACUAGAAAGCCUGCGUUCAAGUGGCUAGGAUGGAGAAGUUUAGUCGAAAAUUGUCGUCCAGGCAAGCUGCUUCGAUGUGAUUCAAAUAAAAGGAGUUUCGGAAGCGAUAUAACCAACAACCACUUGAAGAGAAACAGAUUGCCAUAUUCAUUUGAUCUGAAUAAGAGCCCUAAUUCCCAGCAACAGCGGCACGUGCAGCUUGAGACUUGUGGGGUUGAAGUAACCGGUGGCGAAUUAGAGAAAGAUCUGAAUUCUAAGAGCUUCAAAUUUGGACCCUUCUCACCCAGUGUUAGAGUGGAAGCUAGAGCAUCAAAAAUUGAAGCAAAACGGAGUCGUAAAAACUGGGUGAGCCUCGCCUCGACUUACUGUCCUCAGUAUCAGAAUCAAGCUUUAAGAGAUUUAUUCUCCCAUUACAAAGAAGCAUGGAAGUUAUGGUACUCUGAAAAAAAAACAAAUCCCUGAAGCAUAAUUCUUGACAACCAAAAUCUAUUAAGUGUAGCAUUGGAGUCAUCCUUUGGAUGAAUUUUUUCUUCUUUUUCUUUUGUAGCUUGGAAUCUCUUGUUAACCAACAUCUAAGUAUAGCAUUCAAGUCAUUCUUUUGAUGAACUAAUUUUUGAAGCCAUAGGGUCCUUAUACGUUGGCUGUGCCAACUCCGAUCUCCGGAAGCCAUCGUCAUGGUGUAUUAUACUACCAUUGUAAGAUAGUUGCACUUACAAAUGACUUGGAAUAGCUAGUUUAUCUACAAAAUAUGUAGUUAUUGUCUGUAUUUUGCAAAAUUGAAUCAAAGCAGUAGCCAAUUUUAAAUA